UCAGUAGCAACACGUGGUUGGUCCUGUUUACCCCGAGCUCUCAACGGAGAGUCUCUCUAUAAGUUUUGUUUGUGUUAGUUGUUUAAAAUGGAAAAACAAAUGCUGAUUUCAGCUGUCCUUCGUUAUUUUUGCAUGGUUUUCUUACUGGUGCUGGUCACCUGCAGCGGGCCACUGGUCGGAUCUUCCUCCAAUGCUCUGCACAAACCGGGUGACUUCACCUACCCGUACAGCAGCAUCUUCUCCCCGCUGCUCAAAGCCCUGUCAGAGCACGGAGGGUCGAGGUGGAACCAGGAGCUUAAGAAAAAGAUCAAACCCGAGCACAGGUACAUAAAAUAUCUGACGGAGGUUUACAAGAAGUCCUCCAGAGUGCAGAGAAGUUUGGAUGGGAAUAAAACCUACAACACACUCCGACUGAUCAAGCCACAAGAAGAAUGUCUGGCACAAAGUUAUAAAGAGAGUUUUAUGCAGGAUCUUUCCUACAGCCUUGACCAAGUUAGAAGAAAAGAGCAGCUCCUGAAGUCCACCCUGCUGUACAGUUUUGACCAUGACCUAGCAGCACCCGUCAAAUAUGUAUGCUACCUGAGUCUCGAGAAGCGCGAGCACCUAAACCAGUGUCCUCUUUGUCCGAGGGUCCACCACGCUGGGAACUUCACAGUCAGAACAGAUGGGGGGAGCAAUAGGAAUUGGGUGGAGGUCGAUGUCACCUCGUUUCUCCGGCCUCUCUUAAAGUUUCACAAGAAGAAUAUACACCUGCACAUUAAUGUCACCUGCCCAGGGGAACAAAAAGCCAGUAAUGAUGGGCGCAAAUACUCCCUAGAUUUCACCCUGAAGUCCCCUCUUCUGCUCCUUUAUCUCAAUGACACCAGCAAAGUCGUCAACCAAAGGUUUUUGGACAAUUCCAUCGUGGGUCAAAGGCCAGAAACUGUAGCAAACCCUUUUCACAAGCAGAUGACUUUCAAAACAGAGCAGAGGAUUGGGCGAAAGAGAAGAUGGAAGAGGGAAUCUCCAAAGAGCAAACAAGCCGAUAAAAUUCUGGAAAUCCAGCUGCCUGAGCUUCUCCCCAGCUCUGAAUUCCAGACAAGCGACUGUGACCUGUAUGAUUUCAGGGUGCGAUUCAGCCAGCUUAAACUGGAACAUUGGAUUGUUUUUCCACCAAAGUACAACCCCAGGUACUGCAGCGGUGUCUGCCCGAGGUCCGUGGGAUUCUUCUACGGCUCGCCUGUCCACACCAUGGUGCAAACCAUCAUCUAUGAGAACCUUGACUCCUCUGUGCCACGGCCCUCGUGCAUCCCCUCCCAUUACAGCCCCUUGAGUGUCAUGAUCUUUGAAAAGGAUGGCUCCUAUGUUUACAAGGAGUUGGAAGAUAUGAUUGCCACCAGAUGCACGUGUCGCUAAGCUAGCUGCCAACAUGUCUGUUCUUUUUUCCUCCUUUUUUACAGGUUUCCUAGAACGUCAACACAAACCCCUUCAGCCGUCCUCACCGGUGGAUACUUUGACUAGGCUCAGUGAUUUCAUGAAUUUAUAAAAAUCAUUGUGCGUGAAGUUUGAUCUGGAGCAGGUGUGUUUACUUAAUCAAGUGUGUAUACUUAAACAAAAUGUAUUUUAUCCUAGAGAAAAAUGUGGAAAUGUGACUUUUUUUUGUGAAGGUGUAGAAAGGCUGCCAAAUGGAUCCUAUUCUUCAACUCUGACACACUUUAAGAAGAAAAAUAUGUGUUGUAUGAUUUUUUUAAGUUAUAUUUCUGUUAAUUUAUUUUGGGUUAGUGGUCUGUCAUUAUUCUUUAAUUUCACACAGUUGCCAAGUUUUAAGUAGACCAUUUUAUUCCUGGGGAUUAAUGAUAACUGUCUAAAUGGUAACUGUCUUCAUAAUGUCCAGAAUGAAAGUUGUCAAGGUUUCAGUGUGUAUUUAUUACUUCUGUUCACUGCGUGACUGCAUAGGAAGCCUACAGUAUGGAUUGAGUGCAUACUUGUGAAUUUGUGCUUAUUGAAUAAGACUAAAUGCUUGUCAUGUCUAUUUAUGCAGAUUUCAUGAAUUCACUGUAUAUAUGUGCUCGGUUAAAGGAUAUUCAAAAGAGUGAAAAUAUGAAGACAUUGUUUGAAAAGUUUCAAAAAUAAAAAAAAAAUGA